AUGGAGCUGCUUGAACUGGUAAUUGUUAUUCAGCUAGGCCUAUUAGGCGGUCUACGAUCUGGACAAGUGGAGGGAAAAAUUGUACACACUAGUUCUGGGAUUGUCCAAGGUUUCGAAGACGCUGGCACUCAUCAGUUUUUGGGCAUUCCUUUUGCUGAGGCACCUAUUGGGGAGCGUCGUUUCAAGCGGCCUGUUUGGAAAACGCGCAUGCCGGGAAUCUACAAUGCCUCGUCUUUCGGGCCACGAUGUCCACAGACGCUGGUAAACAAUCCAAUCGUAGAUCCCAAUGAUAAAAUGGAAGAAGACUGUUUGUAUCUGAACAUCUACACACCCCUGAACACGUCCGUGACGUCAUCUAAGACCGUCAUGGUGUGGAUACACGGCGGUUCAUUUACCAUGGGCUCGGGCCAGGACUAUCCGGGUACAAUGCUUGCGCUGAGGAACGAUGUGGUUGUUGUGAAUACAAAUUACAGGCUUGGUGCUUUGGGGUUCCUUAGCACAAUGGACAACAAUGCUUUGGGAAAUUUCGGUCUGUGGGACCAGACAAUGGCGCUAGAGUGGGUUAAAGUGAACAUUGCAGCCUUUGGAGGAAACCCAGAUUCGGUGACAGUUUUCGGCGAGUCGGCCGGUAGUGCCAGUGUGACGCUUCUGGCACUUUCUCCAUUCACCGAAGGCCUAUUCCGGAGAGUUAUCGCGCAGAGUGGAAGCGCUUUCGCUUCAUGGAGCAUUUCUCCAGAUCCGCUAAAAGCUAGCAGCGAUUUGGGGAAGAGGCUUGGCUGCCCAUCAGCUACGAAUGAUAUUCUCAUACGCUGUUUACGACAUCAGUCCGUUCAGGAUAUAGUGGAAAGUCAACACCUCAUAACCCCUGGAAACGCCUUCACUGCUGCGCUUGGAACAGAGUUUUUGCCUUUUAGUCCCACUGAACUCAUCACUACGCAAAUGAACUCAACAGUGGCCAGAAAAUUAGCAGAAGUGGACUUCCUCAUCGGCCAAAACACGGAUGAAGCCGCCAUGUUCUUCAAGCUAUUAUUGGCACCUCUUCUUGACGCGGGAGAAUUGGUGGACGACUUUACCGGAAUCAGCCAGAAGAUAUUUGACACGUUUAUGGCUAACAGCCUGACUACUUACACACAGGGUGAUCCUAACCUAGCCCAGAAACUAGUGGCUCCAUUCACCUUUAUUUGUGCAGUUUACCAGAGCCCAUGCCCUCUUGAGACAACACUGGAACACGUCUGUUGUCAGUGGAUCGGGGACGUUCGUGUACCUGUACGAUCACCGUGGUAG